UACUUCUUUUGCUUUUAAGCCAUAGCUUCGAUCUCACUCACUCUCCUUCGCUCCCUCAAAUUUGCCGAUCUAUUUUAUCUCCGGUCAGGGCCGAAGACUAGUACGCCAAAUUCUUCGCCAUGGAUUUCGCUUUCCGGAUACCAUUUAAAUCCAAAGGUAUUUUAAUAUUCCUUAUAUUAUCAACUCUAUUAACAUCGAUCGAUGCUUCCAUCCACAUCUACCAGAAACAAGUCUUCAAUGAAGUCGGCAAUGCUUACCUUCUCCCCGGUGGUAGCGAAGGCCUCGAAGUUUCUCUUUCCUCCGAAAAAUCCUCCACCGACGGCCUCUCUUUUAUUCGGUUUGAAAAUAUCACUUUUUGGAGGACCCAAGAUGCUGCAGAUGAACACUCUGAGAUGGAACGUAUUACCGGGUUGAUACAAGCGGUGAUCUUCGAGGUUCCUGAUAGAAACAAUAUUGGCGGUUCAGCUUAUGGUGGGCAGAGGUCAAUAUGUUGCACCCCUGAUCUUGCUAAGCUGGAAGGUUGCAAGCAAGGCGAAGUAAUUAGGAUACCUUCUACAACCGAGAUUAAUUGGCCUAUUGUUUUAAAUAUUCAGUUCAGUGGGAACAAUUUAUUGACACAUAUGGACAACACAAAGGUUCCCAUCCAGAAAACCGGGAUGUAUAAUUUGUUUUUUAUUGCAUGUGAUCCGAAACUCAAGGGAACAGUUAUGAAUGGUAAGACAGUAUGGAAGAAUCCUGAUGGUUAUUUACCCGGGAGAAUGGCUCCAUUGAUGAAGUUCUAUGUGUACAUGGCACUUGCUUAUUUGUUGCUUGGUGCCAUUUGGUUCUGGCAAUACGUGAGGUUUUGGGAAGAUAUCCUACAACUUCAGCACUGCAUCGCUGCUGUAAUUGGUCUGGGGUUGUUUGAAAUGAUGUUUUGGUAUCUUGAUUAUUCAAAUUUCAAUAAAACAGGAAUGAGACCCGUUGUGAUUACAGCUUGGGUUGUAACAUUUGGAGCUAUAAAGAAAACACUAUCUCGACUUCUUAUACUUUCAGUUUCUAUGGGCUAUGGUGUUGUACUCCCGACUUUAGGUGGUCUUACCUCAAAGGUGCUUCUUAUUGGAGCUACUUACUUUUUGGCAUCUGAGUUACUGGACAUUACCGAGCAUGUAGGGACCGUCAAUGAUAUAUCGGGAAGAGCAAGGCUCUUCCUAGCCCUGCCUGAUGCGUUCCUGGAUGCAUUUUUGAUAUUAUGGAUUUUUACAUCUCUUUCAAAAACACUAGAGCAGUUACAUGCAAAGAGAAUAUUAGUAAAGUUAGACCUCUAUAGGAAAUUCUCAAACGCACUAGCUGUGGCUGUGAUUGCUUCAGUUGCAUGGAUAACUUACGAGAUAUAUUUCAAAGCAACAGAUCCAUUCAAUGAGAGAUGGCAGAGUGCUUGGAUCAUCACAGCUUUCUGGGACAUACUUUAAUUUGUACUCCUAUGUGUUAUUUGCUACCUUUGGGCUCCAUCUCAAAGCUCCCAACGAUAUGCUUACUCGGAAGAUGUGGGGGAGGAACUCAAUGAUGAAGAAGCUCAAUCACUAACCAGGGGGCAGUCAAACGGGGAAGUGAGUUUAGUCAAGCAGGAGCAAAAGAAUGGAAAUGCCAGCAUCUCGGAAGAGGAAGAUGACUCAGAAGAGGGGAAGAGGGAGUAAAAUCUGUCAAUCCACCAUGAUCAGAGCCCACGCAAAGAUAAGCACACUAUCCUCGGAGCAAUUGAUUAUUCGAAUUAACUUGCAAAGGGCACAAAUGUGUUACCUAAUAUGUUGACCUUUGUUUACUUCUACCUUCUGCUAUAUAUAAAGAACUGGCAGGUCUCUUGGUAUUUUGUCCA